UCAGAAGCACUCAGUCGCAUCCGUUCUACGUAAGUGAACAGAAGUCAAAGCAAUAUUGGGGUUAACACGGUACACUCCCAAAAAUUGCUUUCACAUACAUUGCAUGGCACUUUCCAUAGUGGAGAGUAAUUUCGGUUAGUGUAUGCAAAGAGCUCUUUUUUAUCGGCAGAUGUUUUCGGCUUCUGGGAGAAUUUUUGAAGCUCCAAUUUUUACAUGAAUAGCCUGUAGACGUGGACCGGGACUUUGACGUUGAUAUAUUUGAAAGAACCGGAUCUGACAGCACCGAGUUAAACUUCAUCGUCCAAGUCCCAAACAACCCGGCGACACCAUGUGCCUUCCGGACAAGUACGGUCGACCGAGUCCCCUAUGCCUGAUCCCCCUGGCAUUGCUGUGCAUGAUCCUCGGUGGUGGCCUAGUCGGGUCGUGGGUUGCCUGCUACUACAGGUGCGAGGAUGGAACCAAUGUCGACUACAACUACUACGCCGCCGUGUGGACUGGUGGACUCGCCGUCUUCAGUGGACUGUUGCAGCUGUUUCUCGCAUGCUUCUGGAACAAAAUCUUGAAAUACUUCCUGGUUGUCUACAACGUCGUCCUCAUUCUGUGCUGCCUGCUCAGCGCUGCUCUGUACGGCUACCGCACCUACCUGGAGAACGAGGCCACUCCCCCAGGCGCAGCGUCCCCCUCGGUGGGAGUGAUCCUGUCCGCUCUACAGGCCGCGCUGGCGGUGUUUAUCCUCAUCUUCGUCAUGGUGUGGAAUUGCAUCAUAGGUUGCGCCAGCCUGGACGCAGAAACGGGAGAUUACUACGAUGACCGUAGAGCCCGCACAAAAUCACGUGAUAGGAAGCGACCCCAACAAAUCCGUGGGCCGUACGAAGAUGAUUUCUUCAAUCGCGAGCCGGCUAUCUACAGUGCUCAGAGCCACUACCAGGAGCGCCCCCAAGAGGUCAGCUACGGCCAGAUGGACCGCACCAACACAGGAACCAGUGGAUACAUCAUCCCCAGGGCGUCUGUGCGCGGCGCCCUGCCGGAGAACGGCUACCACAGCAACGGCGGCACCAUGGUGGUGGACGGAAGGGAGCAACUCCGGGCUGGCUGGGGGGAACGCGAGGAGCCCCGGAGCUUCUACACUGGCUCCGGCCGCUACGACCAGCGGAGCUCCACCGCCCCCCGCAAAACUGGUCACGCCCUGCAAAACGGCGGCACGUUUCCCAACGGCACCGGCGGGGGCCGGGUUCGAGAUCUGGGCUCCCGAGCCGGGGAGUUGACCAGUAACCGGUACGGGCGAGGCGUCAGUCUGAUGCAAAUGCACGGAGUGGCUUCGACCUCUAACAUCACCGAGGGGUACUAUUAGCCCCUGUCCCACUAUAAACCUCAGUAUUUAUCUUUGGGGGUUCCAUCUUCAAUACACAAAUGAACCUUAAAUUAACCAUUCCUGAGAUUCAUCAUACGUCGAACUGAUUAUAGGCCUACACUGCCUGAUGUAAAGAAAGUUAGCAGAUGGUCAAGGGUAAUUUUUUUAGGGAUGUUAUUUGCACUUAUUUACUUUGGUUUCUUAAUUUUUUUUUUGUGUGAAAGACUUGCCGGGAAAAGAGCCCUUUAUGCCAACGUCAAAAAAUACCGACCACUGUUACAAAUACCUGUAUCCAAGUCAAACAAUUUUAGAAUGCGACGGAAGGCCUUCUAAAUGGACAUCCGUUAAUCCUCAGUUUACCGUAGAUUAAAAUUUGACAUCGUAAAUGUCCUGGAUUGUAUUGAUUAUGUAGUGUGAUUUGAUUGUACAGUCAGUCUUUGAUUAAGGAUUCAACUUUUAAUUUUUAAAUUGCAUUUUAUUCAAACGUACAAGCUAUACAGUACUUUAUUUAGUAGUGGAAUAACAUACUUUCAUCUAUAUUGAUAUAUUGCCAUAUGCAGAAAACGAAAUUCAAGUUUGAAAAUUCGAUAAUGGAAAGUGAAAACCAUAUAUAUAUACAGAAUGAACUGAAAAAUCUGGUGAGGUUUAAAAUGACAUCAGUGAGUUAAAGAUUGUUGAUUUCGUGCAGCUAAUGUUUUUUCUACGCCUUUGGCGAAGCACGAGCCUGUUGGAACUGGCUGCAGCGACAUCAAUAGUCUAGUAAAUAAUUUCUAGCCGCAGCCACAUGCUUCGGGCACGGUCCAAGCAAAAAAUACGGCAUUUUGAAUUUAUGUACGGAGCCGAAAAUCAGCUGGGAACCAGUCAACAGAUGCAUACACACGACAUUAAAGUUGGUGACCAGCUUUUCUAAGCAGAAAAUCUUCCGUGUUUGGACAAAGAUAAAAGAAGCACACAAGGUUAUGAUGAGAAUGACUCCACAUACCUUUAUUCUUCGAGAUAAAUUGGCGUACUGAAAUAAUUCAGAAAUAGCUAAAAAUGAUUAUUCCCAGUGUCCUGGAAUAACUGUAACUCAACUCAUUUCGUUAAUUUGUGUAUGACUUUAUAAGCACUCCAAAGGAGUGGUAACCGAAUUCUAAAUGUAAACUACUCUUGUGAUUUCUAUAGCCUGUCUUGGGCAAAUUUUUACUCAGUAUUUGAAAUUGUAUGUUAUAUUUUCCAAUCAUUAUGCUAUGUAAACCAUUACUCCCGUGUUUUACUCCUUAUAUUUUCGUAUUUAUAACUUGUGUUUUUUAAUCGUCCACAUUAUCAGAUUUGGAUGGAAUGCAUGUUGUGGAAAUGGACACAUUGAGGUGUCUUUAUAUUUGAAAAGGAAAGCCAUUUUGCCGUCUGCAAUGGAUGGGAAAAUAACGCGGCUUCUGUGCCGUGUUUGAGUGCGAUGUUUCCUGAAUAGGCUGUGUACGUGUAGCAAUUAUUUUAUCCUUUUAUGCAUGGUCAAAUGUUUUCGAAGGCCUUGUUAGCCUUGUAAACAAGUAACACUUUCGAUGUUUGGUGAGAGAAAAAGUGCUUCUGGUUGUGUUUUGCCUGUCGCUGAAAUUAUCUCGGUUAUUUAUUUUGGCUUGUUGGAAUACACGUAGCCUACACACGCAAAAAUAAGUGGGAUGUUACAUCAUUAGCGAUGUUGACUUGGCGAACACUUUGGUUUCGACAUAAUCCUGAUUACUUCAGCAAUGUAUUCGCAAAUUUUGUGUAUAGAUAUGAAAGGAAAGGAAAACUGAGGAAAGGAAGGUUAAAAUGUUGUCAUUGUUUAACAUAACAGAAGACCAACAAUGCAUUUGUUUAUAGAUAUUAUUUGUGUGUCUGUAUGGUAUUUUUUAAAAUGGUAUUUUUAUAGAAUAAAGUUAAGUACUCGAAGAUAUGAUCA